AUGACAUCCUCGCAAGGAGGGUUACAGUUGCUGCUCGUGCUCAAUGUGAUGUUGUUGCCACUGUCUGUAGAGACCUUGACCGAUUCCGUGCCGGCUCCCAGAGUCUGGCACCCGGCUUCGAAGCCUCCAACCUCUUUUCCCGCCCCUGAACAAUCGGUUGUGGUGUAUGGGGUCGACAGUGCUAAGAAGCAGCUGAGCUCUCUCUUCCAGUUCACCACUCUCUUCCAGUUCACCACUCUCUUCCAGUUCACCACUCUCUCCCAAUUCACCACUCUCUCCCAAUUCACCACUCUCUCCCAAUUCACCACUCUCUCCCAAUUCACCACUCUCUUCCAGUUCACCACUCUCUUCCAGUUCACCACUCUCUCCCAAUUCACCACUCUCUCCCAAUUCACCACUCUCUCCCAAUUCACCACUCUCUCCCAAUUCACCACUCUCUCCCAAUUCACCACUCUCUCCCAGUUCACCACUCUCUCCCAGUUCACCACUCUCUCUCAACCACUCUCUCCGAACGUAGCUCCUGUGUUUUGGUCCACGGCUCGGUGGGAGUAG